AUGGAAGAUAUCAUUUCCACGCAAUAUCAGCUUAUGCAAAGCAUUGAAAAUGUUCACACCAACUUUAAAAAAGAUGGUGCUGAACGGAAGACAUACUCUAACAUCCAGAGGCGUAUAUCAACUCUAGAAGCAUAUUGGAACGAAUUUAACGGCAAUCAUAUGCAGCUUAUUGACUAUCAAAACGUUGAACAUGACUACUUCAAGCACAACUGCUAUCAGAAAACUAAUGAUUAUUAUCAAGACUUGGUAAGGUACCUACAUCUGUACUCCUUAUUUGCGGAAAAUCCUUCUGUUAACCAAAUGCCCGAGAAACCGCAGUUUGGCAAGUUACAAUUAUUUGAAACUUAUAUUCUAAAGCCAUCAGCGUCGCCUGCUAGGAGAAGUGGUAUAAAAACGUUAGCUACCGCAUCGUCAGACAACGACGCCUUGGGAGAUGUUCCUGAGAUACCAGUACCGCAACUAAGACCACAACAAAGCUCUCGUUCAAAAGAAAUGAAAAGCAGCAGCACCUGUAGCAAAUUAGACGAAAUGCUUCGCAAGCAAAAAAGUAAUUUGAAGGCUUUUUCAAGAACGAUCGCUAACAUCGACUUCAACAGCAUCGCUGAAAAAUGGGAAUUCGAAGACACAUUAAAGCACAUCGAAUCACGCUGGUCAACUAUAGACAAUUUACACUGGGAAAUCGACAGUGAGCUGUAUGAAGAAGAUAAAGAAUAUGAGCAUUCCUUUAAUAUUUACGAGCGGGAAUAUACUGAAAUCAAAAAGGCUUUAAAUCAAAAAAUGUGGUCAGCAUCGUUUAGAACACAAUCAACUCCAACUAUGGACAUACCAACCUUCCACGGGGAUUAUCAUAAAUGGAAUUCGUUUAAGGAUCUAUUUUUAGAAACUAUUCAUAAAAACCGUUCCAUGUCUAAUGCGCAGAAAAUGCAGUUCUCGAAAAGCAAGGUCAAAGGAGAAGCUGAAAAACUCAUACAACAUUUAAACAUCAGUAUAGAAAACUAUCAAAUUUGUUGGGACAUUCUGAGUCACCGGUUCAACAACAAAAAAUUAAUAUUCAGCUCUCAUAUCAAUACCAUAUUAAAUUUACCAGCAAUGUCAAUUCAAGCAGCAGCAUUUAUCAAGAAAAUUCACGAUACCGCCAAUGAAUGCUUGAAUGCCAUAAGGUCGCUUGGAGUCGACAUCACUACGUGGGAUCCUCUAGUCGUUCAUAUACUUUCUCAAAAAUUAGACCAAGAGACACAUCAAGAUUACAUAGAGUCGUUAAAAAACCCUAGAGAAUUACCUACGCUGGCCGAAUUUUUCGAGUUUUUAGAAACGAAAUUCACCUCUCUAGAAGCUUCGAAACGUAAGCAAGAUAGUAUUGCGCAAAAAUCAACCUCGCAAUAUUCGUCAGUUAGGGCAAAAAAUCAUAAGCACAAUCAGCAAAAUAAUUAUAAUAAUUACAAUAAAUAUUUUACUAACAACGCAUAUCAACCGAACAAACACAUUUCGAAAUCAUUACUUGUUUCGUCAGCAGUGCAAUGCCCUCAAUACAAAGGGAGACACGGCAUUUUCAACUGUAAAGAAUUUCUAGAAAUGUCAACUGACAACAAGUUAAAGACUGUCUAUGGCCUACGACUCUGCGUCAACUGUUUGCAUGAUCACAAGGGAAGCAAAUGCAUCUCAACCAGGACAUGUAAUAAAUGUACAAAACAGCAUAACACCUUACUGCAUAACGCGUUCAGCUAUUCGUCACGAGCAGAAGCCGGUCACUCGGACAAAGUCAAUGUAUCUCAGCAGAAAGCAGCGGGAAUCCUUCUUGCAACAGCAUUAAUCAAAGUUACAGCCGUCGAUGGUACGCAUCACAUCAUGCGAGCGCUUAUUGAUCAAGGAUCUCAAAUAUCUCUCAUCACUGAGAACGCAGCGCAGCGACUACUAUUGCCCCGUCGUCGUUGCAAAGGCGUAGUACUUGGACUAGGUUCUCAGGGAAAUAAUAGCAAAGGGUCCAUACAAAUAACAGCAUCAGCAAUAAACAGCGAAUUCACGUUCAGCACGACAGCAAUCAUAAUGAACACACUUAUCAGUAAUCUUCCGAAUCUGUCAUUCCCUAAACCAACAUGGUCGCAUAUAGAGCACAUUCAAUUAGCGGACCCCGAGUUUUAUAUUAGUAAACCGAUAGACCUGCUACUAGGGGCCGACAUUUAUUCCCUUAUUAUGAUGGGAGGAUUGAUUAAGGGAGAUAAUGAAUCACAACCCAUUGCGCAACAAACUCAACUUGGCUGGUUGCUAUGCGCUAACGUUAAAACUUAUCAAUGUAAUGUGAUAUUAACAAACACAGAAGAUAUACAAAGAUUUUGGUCAAUCGAAGAUAUCGGGAGUACUUCUGGAAUCAUUUCAUCGGAAGAUCAUCAUUGUAUCAAGCAUUAUAACGAACACACAACACGUCAGCCAGACGGUCGAUACAUCGUAAAACUCCCUAUGAAACCAGACGCCAUGGAAAAAUUAGGAGAGUCUAAGCAGAGAGCAACAGCACAGUUUCUUCGGUUGGAGAGGAAACUUACAAAGAACAAAAAAUUAUUACACGAAUACUCGGCUUUUAUUGACGAGUACAUUACGUUAGGUCAUAUGGAAAAAGUAAGCAGAAUCGACAGUAAUCAGAAACCGUCGUAUUAUUUACCGCACCAUUGUGUCAUUCGCCCCGACUCCGCUACGACAAAACUGCGAGUCGUUUUCAAUGCGUCAUCACCUACGUCAUCGGGACUUAGUCUAAACGACUUAAUGUUCAGCGGCCCUAACUUGCAGAGAGACUUAUUAUCUUUAAUUUUAAAAUGGAUAUAG